CGCCAGCAGAGCAACGUAGGAAGAGUACCCGCAAAGAAAGGGAAAAAUUUUUAUUUGUCAGAAUGAUUCAACCAGAAUAUUGAAUUUAACUACAUUCCACGUUUCCAUUUAGCUACUUAUUUGCAUUGAUGACAUUAUAAAAUCUAUGCACAGAAGUGCAUGUCCUAAUAAUCAUAGUACGAUCGAUAAAAGAAGAAGUGAUUUCAAAUGGAAAAAGGAAAAACAAAAAACAAAUUGGAAACAAGAGUUCGGUUUAGUCUUGAUCCGCUGCAACAGGCAAGAUAGGAAGACAGAGCAGAGCCGCGGAGAGGAAAUUGUUGGAAAAGACGAGGAAUUGACAAAUCACGCGACACGUUUCGAGCGCAUGGCGAACUGA